UAUUUUAGCAGCCAUUUUGUCUGCACAAGAAAGAAUUUCCUYGUAUAAAUGGCUUUCAAAAUACCCAAAAAUAUGUGCAAAACCUUUCAAAUUGAUAGGACGUGGUAAUAUUAUAUGUUUGGAAGGUAAUCGUGAUGCCAGAGGAAGCGUGUCACAUGGAACUUGAAUGAUGUGUGGAAUUAAUUUACUUUAGUUUUAAUAUUUGACUGAUUACAUCUCAUGACUGUCAUCGGAUACACAUGGAACCAAAGCAGGAAGAAGCGUCAAAUUUCAUAUUCUGUAUAUAUUGCUAUAGUUGAUCCUAAAGGCAGCCGAGUGUAGUCUCGUGAUUCAAACAAGUCGUCUUGCUUGACUUGGUUUCAUUAUUCUUUACGUAGACUUCGAGUUUUCUAGAUCUAGACUAAGCUUAUUUAUCAUGAAUUACUUGCCCAAGCGUUUACUGUUUAGCCAGAACUCAAGACAACACAUCAGCAGGCUUAAACAUGGAUCUGCUCUAUUCUGAUUACUGCUUUCGUCGGUAUUUUAAUCUUAUCCACAAGAAAAGAGCGUUUAAGUUUUUAGAUAUGCAGGGUCCCRUGCAAGAUAAAGCAGAGAAGUUGUUCCAAGUGCUCGAUUCUCUCAAGGCCAACUCCAACGAGGUCCAAAUAAGUUGUUGUAUAACCGAGCUAGCGCACACUUUGGGUGACGUUUCUACAGAAGAAAUACAUCGGUUGCAAGAUGAAGAUUCCUAUCUAAUUGUACAAGAAGUAAUGGAGAAUCACUUCACGAAUCGUGAUAUACAAUACUAUGGGAUCUUUGCUUUGUACCGAUUGAUGGAAGAGAGUGUAAAAAUAAGAAAGGAAUUCAUCCGCUCAAAGAUUCAUGACUUUGUGAUGAAAAUAAUGAAAAAUUACAAAAGUGAAGCAGUAAUCCAGCAGAUUGGUUGCAGAAUUCUUAAUAUUUUGGUGGAAGAAGAUGCAAGUGUAAGGAAGGGCGUAGAGAGCACUAUUCAAGUCAUAAUGCAGGCAAUGAACAACUUUGUACAAGACGAGGAGCUGCAGUUGGCUGCAAUACAAGCCCUGACAAAAUUAAUGCAGUAUCAUGUUGUAACCAACAGUUCCAACAGUUGUCUAGAAAGUUUUGUGGAGCAGAAGUUUCAUUUAUUGGUGCUAGAUAUCCUUGAGGAGCACAUAGCGUCAGGUGAAGUUGUGGAGGAAAUUUUCCAGCUAUUCACUGUUCUAGGCACAUUGUCAUGCAUUUGUGAACAAUUGUUAAAGUGUGAAAUUGCUUCCGUGGUACUGAACGGAAUGGAAUAUCACAUUAAUGCAAAUGGCGUGCAGUGUGCGGGACUAGAGUUGUUAAAAUCAUUAGCAGGCAACACUGAAUAUUUUCAAGACAUUUUGGUACAGAAAAACAUUAGUAACAUACUCUUGAAGAUCAUGCAACUCGAAAAUCACAUGAAAAGUAAUGUUGUACAGAAGAAUGGUUUGAAAGUUUUUACCUUAAUAUGCAAGAAGUUACUCCAGCUCUCAGAAAACAAAAGAGAAGUCACCCACUCCUGGCUACAACAUCUUUUAGUCACCAUGGCAACUCAUUGUGAUGAUACAGAUACCUUAAUUAUUGCAUGCAAGGCUAUUUCUAARCUUGGAGAACAUCAUCCAACUAUGUUAAUGUUAGUGGACGAUGAUCAUGGUGGCGUUCCUUUACACAAUGCUAUAAUGGCUGCUCUUGCUCUAUAUAUAGACAAUGCUGAGAUAUGUCAGGUUACCUGCAAGGCUAUAUUGUGUAUUGCAGAAAAUUCCAUUGCCRUCCAACAGUCCUUGUUUGACAAAGGGGUCUAUAUGUACAUAAUACAAGCAAUGCAACAACACCCUGUUGCCGGUGUUCAACAGUAUGGUUGCCGGUCUUUAAGAAUGUUAUGUAUGUCCGAAGUGAAGAAUAUGGAAACCAUUAUGGAGUGUGGUGCAUGGGAUGUUAUAACUAAAUGUCUUGCUAACUUUAAAGAAAAUGCUGGUGUACAGCAAGAGGCGAUAGCAAUUAUGGCUUUAUUGCUGACAGACAUCGAGUUCUUACGUGUCCAGUGUGUAGUAGAACGCUUGUAUUUAUCGGUACUAGAGGCCAUGAGGAAAUUUGCUGACAACCCAGAAAUAAUAGAGAUUUCAUUGGAAGCCAUUGGUGUUUUUACAGCUUGUGAGGACCUUGCUGACUUCAUGGUUGAGGCUGGGGUUGUGCGGACAUUCUUGAAUGCAAUGGACACUCAUUCACAUGUUAUAACGAUUCAACAGAAAGGAUGCAUUCUAAUCCAAGUGUUAUCAGGUUAUAUCAAAGGAGAGGAAUGUGUUGCUUCAGUGUCGUCGAUCAUCAAAGCAAUGCAACGUUUCGCCGACGACGAGUGCGUCCAAAAAGAAUCUUGCGUGGCUCUCAGACUCAUCGCGCAAGUCGACGCCAGCAACAGUGUAACCCUCGUGAACCAGUGCGUCCAUGAGAGGCUUUUUGCUAUUCUCGAUCAAUUCAGUGAUGACAGGAAGGUGAUUGAACUCGCGAGUGACGUCCUUUGGUUACUGGGAUGUCAGCGUAAUUAUAGUUCACUAAUGUUGCUGUCAGCCUGCGCGGGUGGGCUGAUCAAAGGCGCUCACUGUUUGCUCCAAGUAGGAGCCGAUGUCAAUGCUGGUGAAGGCACAAACACUCCGCUUUGCGCGGCGUGUAAAAAUAACAAAGAAGAAAUGGUCCGCUACCUGUUGACUCAAGGAAUAAGUGACGUCCACACAGCACUUAACCUCUGCUUAGAGAUGGAGCACCACAACAUUAUUGGUAUUUUGCUGCAGAAAAUAGGGCACGAUAGAGAAGCAGGGGUGAUAUCCUGGAAUGGCUUGAACCUUGGUAGCUUGUAUCCUGAUUGGCUGUUACCUGCUCUUUCGGGUAGCGCCUUCGGGUUGGCCGUCGAGACGCAGCGAUGGUGCAACUACCUACGAAGUGCGGAGAAUGCGUUUAUUCAGCGCUUCAAGGUCUUGGAAAAGUUGCUGGAUGUAGCGGUCAUUAAUAAUAUUUUGGAUCGCAAUUAUAUCAUAAGUACUGUCGUCGCUCAUGCGUCAGAUGACAGCGACGACGACGAAGAACAAACGUUCUGGUCGAGCAGUGAUGAGGGUCCUUCCGAGUCGAAAAUCCUUACCGAGGAAGCCCCUUUGCGAGUUCGUAGUGUUUCCGGUGCUUCACUCCCGUACAGCUCCUACGACCCACGCGUUGUGGUGGCUUUGAAUGUGGGUGAUCCUAUCCUACUUCCUCGUAGAAGAACAUUUCGAUCCAUUGAAACAAAGAUUAGCAGGAAAAACAGCCCUCCCUCGCGGCAAAGUCCCGAGUUUUCGAUGAUUUCUCAAGGUAGAAGAUCUAAAAGCAUGUCAAACAUGAACUCUGUUUUGAAAACAGCGAGUAAACCUGCGUGUGUCGAUGAAGACUUGUCAAGAUUAAGGCCAGGAUCGCUUAGGAGAACGGUCUCGGAUGUUGACAAGAAUGACUUGGUCACGACGACCCCAUCCUUCGAACUACCAGGCAUUGCAUUCAUGUAUGAUGGCACGCCAAGGCGACGGAGUGGGACCAAGAGUACAGACUCUAGCGCGUACGAUGAGCAAGAAGAAAACGCACAUCGAGAGAGGAAGACCUCUUCUAGAAUGCAGAACCGCAGAGGUACCGUAUAUACUGACUUCCCAAGCGUAAAUGGUGCGUCAGUUCGUGUCAUUGAUGUCUCUGGCAACAGAAUAAGAGACUUGAGUCGCUUGGAACAAGCUGGGGAUUACUUCUUCAUACGACUGGCAAAGGUCCAGAGGUUAGAACUAAGUAAUAACGAGUUAUCAUCUCUUCCUAGUGCUUUAUGCCAAGCCAUGCCUCUGCUGGAGCAGAUUAACUUGAGUCGCAACGAGUUUGAGGAGUUUCCGUUUUGUCUUCAGCUCUGCAAACGACUUAAAAGCCUCGAUUUAUCGCACAAUAAGUUACAGUUAACCCCUCCCAGUUCGCCAUGUAGUUCGGUCUUACUUGGAUAUUUAUCAAUAGCGAAUAACUCGUUGAAAGAGUUUCCAGAGUGGCUUGCGGAGUCCUUUCCCGGAAUCACCAAACUAUCUUUAUCUGGUAAUGAAAUUGAAAAGUUACCUUCAACAAGUCUGAAGAUGCGUGGAUUGAAGAUAUUAGAUUUGUCUCGUAAUAAGAUCGAUCAAAUACCAGAUUCUUUCCUGGUGGAGUGCAAGARCUUGGAGAAUCUCAAUGCUUCUUGGAACGAGCUCUCAACGCUUCCUGAAAUCUCCACCAAUUCUUGUACCAAUCUGAGGACACUUCGACUUGCACACAAUAACCUUGCUCAGAAGGAACCUUUCUUCAUACCACGUUUUAUUUUGAUGCUUCCUAACUUAAAAGCGUUGGAUUUAUCACACAACAAGUUGACCCACCUUCCACCUCCAACCAAGUGGAUGACCAAACAGCUCAAAGAACUUGUAUUGGACCAUAACAAUAUCAAAAGAAUUCAACUCGAUUCCGACGUCACUAACUGGAAGAACCUUGAGAGGUUGAUUGUCAGUCAUAACGCUCUCAGGAAUAUCCCGAAAGAGAUUGGUCAGCUGGCGUCCCUGAUGUCACUAGACCUGAGUCAUAACCCAGGGAUAAGCAGCCUACCAGACGAAAUGGGUCGACUGUCCAAUCUAUGGGACCUGCAGCUGACGGGUGUCAAGCUCGACCUUGAAGAAUCUUUGCUGGGCAAUACCAAGAAUAUUAUAGCGUUUCUACACUCCAAGCUGAUGAAUUCCGUUCCUUAUUACCGCAUGAAGCUUGUGACGGUUGGUCUUGCAGGACGUGGUAAGACAACUCUCCUCAACCAGCUUCUGAAGUCCAAGGCGCCUCCGUCACAGAAUGAGUUAGUUAUACGUGACUGGGUAGUGCGUGACACUAAGGCAACGUGUCGACACUGUCAACACAAAUCUGUGAUCUAUACUAUUAGCACGUGGGAUUUUAAAGGCAAGGAAGAGCUCUACAAUGUGUAUCAGGGACUGAUGUCGUCACGUACUCUCUACUUGGUUGUCUAUGAUGUAGUGAAAGGUGGCCAGGAGUUAGAAGAACUACGCCCUUGGCUCCAGAAUAUUCAUGCUUGUGCGCCAGAUGUACCAGUGAUGUUGGUAGGGACUCACCUGGAUAAAAUACCCAAGGAGCGCUACGAACAGGUUCUUGACCAGAUGAAAGAGCGUGCUCGUUCGCUAUUCAUGAGCCCUGGUUUACCAGAGAUCAAAGCUCACGUCGUCCUCAACUGCACACAAGAAACUCCAGGCAUUCAAACCCUCAGGAAUAAGAUCGUUGAAUUGGUUAACAAGUGUAAGUGCAAAGGACACUCGAUACUUGGAUCCUGUGUGCCACAGAAAUUUGUUCGUCUUCAGAGAUUAAUCUUAAAGGAGGUGGAGGGAUUGGGCAACAGAAUUCCAGUGCUGAGAUUGAACGACAUCAAGAAGCUUUGGAAGAUGGAGAGUGAGGAGGUUAUCAACGAAGGAGAGCUGGGCCAGGCUGUGAAAUUCCUGCACGAAGCUGGAAUAAUUGUACAUUACGACGACCCUGUGGCUCAUUUGAACGAUUUAUUCUUCGUGCAACCCGAGUGGCUGUGCCACGUGAUUUCCAGUGUCGUCUUGGUGCGCAGUCCGAAUGGCCAGAAAACUAAUGGAAUAAUAAGAAUAAAUGAGCUAAUCAAUUGGAUAAAGGAUGAAAAAUCCACCGUUAAACUGAUUUUCGAUAUACUGCCACAGUUUUUAAGGCUUCUGGAACGCUUUGGAGUGUUACUCCCAAUAAGCGACUCAGAAUUCUUGAUGCCAUCCAGACUACAGCCCAAGCCUGCGUCAGUUGAUCUACCAGACCUGACUCAAAUAGACACGUAUUACAGACGGCUCUACCAAUUGGCGUUCGUACCGUUAGGCUUCUGGUCCAGGCUUAUCACUAGACUGCUGCUGUUUUUUCCAGAGAUAACACCAAAAGAGGGGAAAGCAGAGACAAGUUACGAGUCUCCAAGUAUAGACUACUGGUGUGAUGGUAUUCAAGUCAGUUGGACGACGCAUUCAUUUUUCUCCGUAUUUCAAGAUCCUACUACUCAAUUUGGACACAACGUGCUGGCUAUUGUAGUACCAUCAAACGACAAUGGAGUGUGCCUACUGAGUACCUUGGUUGAUCACGUGGAUACUCUCAUCGAAGAGUGGUUUCCAGAUCUCUGUUGUGUAGACCCCAUCCAGUGUUUACCAUUGGUUAAUCGUUUAUGUCCUUGCAUCAAGUGCGACAAAGAAAACUCUCAUGCCUUCACCAUCGAUGAAUGUGUCGAACAGGCUUUAAGGUUCGAAGAUAUUGCUUGCCCAAAGACAUCUGAACUGUUGCCAAUCGAGAGAGUCGCCCCUGAUGUAGCACUGUCUGACCUGAAGCACAAAGAACUGGUCGUCGAUGAGAAUAAAUUGGUUUUGGAACAAAAGAAAGAUUGUGUUCUUGGUGAUGGUGGUUAUGGGACGGUGUAUAAAGCUAAAUAUAUGGGCAAGAUGGUAGCUGUUAAGGUAUUUCAUACAGAGGGUGAUGUAAAUCCUCAUCGGUCUUUCCGUCAAGAGGUGACCUUCCUUGCUCAUCUACACCACCCUAGUAUAAUAUCCAUGCUGGGUGUGUCUGUUCGACCAAGAGCCAUCGUGCUCGAGAUAGCUCCUCUGGGAUCGUUGAGUUCGCUGCUCAGUAAAGGAGAAGUACUGAGUCGAAGUCUACAACACCGUAUUGCCUUGCAGAUCGCAGAGGGCUUGGCAUAUCUUCACCAUCAUAAGAUAGUAUACCGUGAUCUCAAACCACACAACGUGCUCAUCUUCUCUCUAUCCCUAUCCAUCGUUAUCAACGCAAAAAUAUCAGACUUUGGUAUAGCGCGCUACGCUACGUUAUACGGCUUGAAGUCAUCAGAAGGCACCCCAGGUUACCGCGCUCCUGAGGUUGCUAGGGGAGACGUUGGUUAUAAUAAGAAAGCGGAUAUGUACUCGUUCGGCAUGUUUCUGUAUGAACUGGUUACGGGUGGUAAAAGACCUUUUGAGGAUCUUCGGUUUCGUAACGAACUCGACGCUGCUGUUUUGCAAGGACGAAUGGUGGACCCUAUUACAGACUAUGGUUGCUCUCCUUGGCCUGAUGUGGAUAACUUGAUUCAACAUUUACUUGAGCCGAGAUCUGAUAUGAGACCUACCGCUGACCAGGUCUUCGAGCGUCUUUCCAAAGCAGAGCUACUCUGUCUCAAGCGAGACAUUCCCGUCUUCAAGGAACAGACAGUCGAAUGCAUGACCGUUAGAAACUACGAAGAGGAUAAUCAAGACAAGAUUGAAGUGUGGAUUGGCAGUGGAUCAAGCUACAACAACAGCGGAAUCGUAUCGUGGGUCAACUUAACUGACAGUCAAAACGAGGGAUGCCAGGGAACAGUUAUCAAAGACACGAGAGUCAAGUGUAUGACAGCUGUGAGGAGUGACCACGUGUUAGUGGGUACUCAGUCGGGUAACAUCUGGGUAUUCGACGCAUGGACCCAUGAGUGCGUCAACACUCUUCAACCCUUACCGGACUCUGUUGUCGCACUACGGCAUUACUCCAACAGUAGAUGUCACCUAGACAUAGUCAUCGCUGGUCUAGCGGAUGGUAAGCUAGUCAUCUAUAAAACCAAUGAUCUUUUGAACCCGAAAGCGAUGAGACAAGUAAUUCAGUUGUGCAAAAAGACUGAAGAAGGUGGUCAGUGCACGGAGAAAUGCGCAGACCAUUCCAUUGCUUGUCUUACUAUAGCUCAGAAGUCUGUUUUCUGUGGGUGUGGUAAUGACAUUGUCGUACUGAAGAUUUACGACAACAUAGAGUUCAAGCGGCGCUGGUCAAUUGAAGAUCGCCGUAGAGGAUUAGUCCGUAACAUCGCUGUAGGGUCCCACAUAUGGACAUCUACCAAAGACUCACCCAUCAUUGACUACUGGGAUGCCUCACAACCCMUCCUGCGAGGAAGCAUCAACUGUCAACGAAUCAUGACCGAUAGUGGAUUCGAGGGUCAUCCACGUGACAUCCGCGUGGUAUGCAUGAUGUUACACGGCCAGAAUGCAUUAUGGGUAGGCCUUGGAACGGGUCAUAUUAUACUACUCUCGCCAACUACGUGUGAGACGCUUUGCAUCCUGCACAGAYAUACAGCUAGUGUGCGCUGUAUGGCUACCGCACGUGGAAAUACGUCUGGAAGAGCUAUUUCUUUAAUCGUGACUGGAGGAAUGGGCUUUGUAGAAAGGCCAGGAUGUAAUCAGAAAAAGGCCAAAGGAGAGUUUGGUCAUGUUUUAGUCUGGGAGGCUGAUCUGGGUGAGCAGGUGAAGCGGUUGGUUAGAGAUCAUCAGAAGAGAAAUCAGGAAACAAGACGCUAAGUGACGCCAUGAUUAGUUUCAAAAUUUUAAUUCUUUUAUCUAUAGAACAGAACAUUUUAUACUAAUGGUCAAUAUAAGUUUUCAUAACUCUUAAAUGGCUUUACAAUCCGAACGAUGUGAUUGGAUGGUGCGCAUUUUCUCGAGUUUUGGUUGGCUCAAAGAGAAAGCCAUUUAAGAAUAAAUUACAUACACCUUCUCAUAAUGGCUGAGGACCGCACGAAAAUUAGGCCAGCCAGUCAUCUUACGAGGCAGCUCAUUCAAAAUAAAGGUGGAUAGCGCGAAUUCAGGUCAAAACAAAAGGGCCAAUUUCUAUGUUUUUCUUCUAUAAACGGGUUUCAUGUGCUUUUAUAUCUUUUAUCGUGAACUAAUGACUGUGAUCUCGUUUUUUCGUGCGCUUGUCAGCAAUUAUGAAAACGGUAUAUUCCCUAAAGAUUCAGAACCAGCUCCAUACUUGAUUUGCUCAUACUUAAACCCACGUUCAGUUUAUUCCUUAAUUUUCAUUUUUACAAAUUCCGUAACGUUCGAUUCAUUUAACAAUAUGGUUCUAUAAGACGACGUAAGGGGCACUAGUUCAUUAUGAACAUGUCUCUUGAAAAAAGACCAGAGGUAUACACUUAUUUCAAUAAAGUUAGUCAMCAAAAACCUAGAAAGCUGAGAACAMUGAGCAWCAUGGGAARCUUUUCAUAUCAAAAAGCAUGUAUAUACAAAGCUUUUUUAAUGCAAACUGCAGCUCGAUGWUGCUCAGAAGAGGUGAGACUAUAACCGGUAAAAGAUUCGCAAGUCCAUGAACAGUUAUCAAGCGGUUGAACGUGUAAAAUGAAUCUACCCAUAAUCCUGGUUGGCCUCAGCUUUAUAGUUUUUCAGGUGACUAACUUUAUCGAAAUAAGUGUAUACAUACUAGAGAACUGUACAUUUUUAUGCAUUCCAUCAUGAAACAAAAUUUGGGUGUUUAUUCAUAGGCUACUGCAAGUCUCCCAGUUUAAAUUAGAUGAUUCGCAGGAUUCAAAUUACUAGCGUUUUUUUUUUUUUUUUUAUGCGGGAGACACACGAACUGACUUCAAAUUACAACGCGUACCGCACGGUACGACAUGAUGUAACAUUGAAAUGGCUUCCUGUUUGUCUCCAGUAAUUCAUCCAAUCACAACACGUURGCAAGGCUACGGUAAGAUAGUUAUGUCCGUAUCCGCAUUUAUCGAAUUAUGCAUGUAUAAAAACGGCACUAGCAUUGAGAGAAAAUUUAGAGGUAUGUUAAAAAAAGAUAGGAAUAUAAUAUAUAAAAUGUUUUAGAAAUUUAGGGUAGAGUAUCUAUAAAAAAUAAGAAAUUAAUUAUUGAAUUAUCUAAAAAUUAUAUGUAAAUGAUAUCGCAAAGUAUUUAGACAAGAUUUAAUAGACGUAAAAGAAUGGCUCAUAAAUUCUAGCAUUUUGAUUGGAUAGAUUCAUUCCAUGCAAUGACUAUGGACCACAGGUCCUUAAGAUUAGUUCUCAAGUUUAAGGCCCCGUCCACACGUAUCCGGAAAUUUUCGUAUCUGCAAAUUAGUUUUUGCGGAUACGAAAAUGUUUGCGUCCACACGCAGCGUAUUCGAAUCGUUUUCACCGUCCACACCUAUCCGUUUUCGUAAAAUUUGAGGAUACGGACACAAAAAUUUCCGGACACGUGUGGACGCAACCCGUAUCCGCAAAAAAAAUUUACGUGUGAUACGUGUGGACGGGGCCUAAGAAUCCGAUAUAGUUUUACAAUAUUGUCUCAUUGUACAGUGUAUUAUAAAUACGUUAAAGAAGUUUGAGGAGACUUCGCUUGACUGAACAUAUCAAUAGCUUAUGUAUAUUAUUUGAAUAACUUUAGAAAAUCUGUGUGGUUAUCAUCUGAACUUAAUUAAAACAUGCAAGUAAGAAUAAAGAUAUAUUAAACAUA